AUGGCGGAACUGUUCCCCGCGCUGGAACAGGAACUGGUCGCGCUGGUCUCGCACGUCGAGAAGCACGAUGCUUACGGGGCCAUGCGGGCUCUGGCGUGCGUGGGGCGGCGGGUACUCGGCGCGGAGGGCGGGGCGGAGUGCCGCUGGUCGCGGGCGGCAUUGGCCUCCGCGGCCGUCGCGGCAAAACGGGCGGCAGACCGCGCCAUCAGCGCGCGCCUCGCGGCCCUGCCCGACGCGGCAAAGCACGCGGCCAAGAAACCCAAGUGUGGCCUGCUCGGUUUCUUGCGCGAGUUCGAGGAGCUGUCCGCCGCGUGCGAGGCGAUAUUCGCGGGCGGCAGGCGCGCCGACCUGGAGCGCUGGUACCUGUCGCUGGCGACCGCGAUGCUGCGCGCGGUGCAGAACGCCGACCAUCCGCGCACGCCAAGGGCCGUCGUGCAGAUGGAGAACUACCACCGUCUGCACGGCGUGCUGAGCGCGCUGCGCGUGGGCGCGCUGGAGGCGGCCCGGCGCGAGUGCCGCGCGCGGUACGCGGCCGCCUUGCGCGCGUACGUCACGCAGUACUUCGGCCGCCCGCUAGAGAAGCUCACGCAGUUCUUCGAGAGUGUAUCGGAGGCGGUGGCGAGCGGCGUGCGAGAGGACGAGGUCUGCUACCGCGCCAACCUCAGCAAGCACGAGCUCAAGCGGCUGCUGGCGCUCUAUCCCGCGCACGAAGUGCGUAAAUCUCUACAUCGUUUAUACAAAACUGUAGAGAAGCAUUUGAGUGAGGAGGGUGGACUGUUACAAGUGGUGUGGCGCGCGAUGCAGGAGGAAUUCCUCGCGCAGCAUCUGCAGCUGCAGGCACGGAUAGCCGCUUGUUACCCGGGAGCAGGACUCUCAAUGCCCCUCACUACGCAGGACAUACUCGACGCAUUCUCGGACAUCGCUCGUGAACAUUGAUCAACUCGAUAUAUCGUCACACCAUGAAUACUUUAUACUUAUCUCGAUAGAUGGCGCUGUUUAUAAUUUGAAAAGGUUUUGCGGCAGUUUUUAACUCGGUAAAGACGAAUUACUGCUUGAUUUUGUUGCAAUUUUAGAAUAUGAUAAUAUCAAAUUAUCGAUAAUCAUGAGAUUUUAUUGUAUAUGAGAAAAUGUGUAUUUAUCAAUAUGUAAAUAUUGUUAAUUUAUUACAAAUAUAAUGUUUCUACAGGUUUUUUCUU